GCCGAGCCGCGCUGCAGUUAUGGAGCAGCUCUCUCCGGACCCCGAGAGGCAGCUGCAGCCUGCACCCCAGGAGCCUCUGGGCGGCCCCGACGCCGUGCUCGAGGCUGCGGCGGGUGAGGAAGCCGAAGGCGCCGGGCCACAGGACUCCGGAGGCGACGCGAUGGCAGAAAAUAACUUUUGGUUGAAGAAGAUAGAAAUCAGUGUUUCAGAAGCAGAAAAACGAACUGGAAGAAAUGCUAUGAACAUGCAAGAAACAUAUACUGCGUACCUCAUUGAGACCAGGUCAGUUGAACAUGCUGAUGGUCAGAGUGUCCUCACAGACUCACUGUGGAGGCGCUAUAGUGAGUUUGAGUUGUUGAGAAACUACCUUUUAGUUUACUAUCCACACAUUGUUGUGCCACCUCUUCCAGAGAAACGGGCAGAAUUUGUUUGGCAUAAACUCUCCGCUGACAACAUGGACCCAGACUUUGUGGAGAGACGACGGAUUGGUUUGGAAAACUUUCUCUUGAGGGUUGCUUCACAUCCCAUCCUCUGUAGAGACAAAAUCUUCUAUUUGUUUUUAACACAGGAAGGAAAUUGGAAGGAGACUGUGAAUGAGACGGGCUUUCAGCUCAAGGCAGACUCCAGGUUAAAAGCGCUUAAUGCAACAUUCAGAGUGAAAAACCCAGACAAGAGAUUUACUGAAAUUAAACACUACAGUGAUGAAUUACAGUCUGUCAUCUCACAUCUUCUUCGAGUCCGAGCUAGAGUAGCAGAUCGACUCUAUGGUGUGUAUAAAGUACAUGGGAACUAUGGGCGAGUUUUUAGUGAAUGGAGUGCCAUAGAAAAAGAAAUGGGUGACGGUCUGCAGAGUGCUGGUCAUCACAUGGAUGUGUAUGCGUCUUCUAUUGAUGAUAUCUUGGAAGAUGAAGAACAUUAUGCAGAUCAGUUAAAGGAGUAUCUUUUUUAUGCAGAAGCACUGCGGGCCGUGUGCAGGAAGCAUGAACUGAUGCAGUAUGACCUGGAGAUGGCCGCCCAGGACCUGGCAUCCAAGAAGCAGCAGUGUGAGGAGCUGGCCACCGGCACUGUGAGAACAUUCUCAUUGAAGGGAAUGACUACGAAACUCUUUGGUCAAGAAACACCAGAGCAAAGAGAAGCCAGAAUAAAAGUGCUGGAAGAACAGAUAAACGAAGGAGAACAGCAGCUAAAGUCUAAAAAUCUGGAAGGCAGAGAAUUUGUGAAAAAUGCGUGGGCUGAUAUCGAACGAUUCAAAGACCAAAAGAACCGGGACUUAAAAGAAGCCCUCAUAAGCUAUGCCGUCAUGCAGAUCAGCAUGUGCAAAAAGGGAAUUCAAGUUUGGACCAAUGCUAAGGAAUGCUUUAGCAAGAUGUAAUCUUGUGAAUUGAAUUUGUCUUCAAUCAAAGUGCCCCAGAACAGAAGCACAAGUAGAGAUUUGAGUUGCCAUACAAUAUACAUAAAAACAUACAGUAGAUAAAAUAAAUUCAGCUUUCUUUAACCUAAUUUUAGUUAUAUUCAUGUAGGGCAAAAAAGGAUAUAUUUUAAUGAAGAAUAAAUAUUAUAAUUUGAGGUUUUGGGGACUGGUGCUCAUUCUAAAAAGUUAAUUUAAUAAUAUAUACCAACAGAUUAUCUGUCAGGCUUCUGAGUCACUGAACGAGUGUCAAGAUGUUAGGUGAUUUCUAGACGCUCCUUUCAAUAUCAAUUGCUCUGGGUCUUUUCACAUACAAAAUUUUUCCUAAGAUUGAAUUAAUAUAUUUACUUGGUAAGACCCACUAAUGUGUUAGUAGGGGGUUCUUUUCUCUUGCCUUAUAGUUGAGCUAUUUGGUUUGACAAAGCUCAGCAGAAAUUUAUGAAAUCUAAGAUUUUCUUGCACAUUCAUUGAUUCCCCCGUAACAUCUGUAUCUACUAGAAAAUGCCUUCAGUGUGUGUUUUAUCCAAAUUUUGAUACUGGUCAGAAAUUUUAUAUUGCCAACGACGACUCUCAGUGUAAUAGAUACAGAGUGGAAUAUGUUGUUAAGAUCUAGGAGUUGCUAUGUUUGAAGUUUUAAUUGAGAAUUUUUAUCCUCAAUUAAUUCUUAACCUCAGUAAUGAGCCUCAAUUUACCCUGCUCGGCUCUCUGCACGUGGAAUUUCAGGGUACAUGAUGUAGCAUUCUCGUGUGUAAGGUACAGGUAGUGAACACAUGUGCUACUGCCUUCAUCAUUAAUGUCUGUCUUUUCUAUCGCCUGACUGUGAUUUUUGUAAAAUAAAUUAUAUUGUGUUGGGUUUUUUUUAAUGUGUGUUUUUGUGGUAUAUGUCCAGAAGCCAAACAAACUCUCAUUUUGCUAGCUUUGCAGAAUCUUAAAUGUAUACUAUUAUUUCUAAUGAUGUUUAAAGAAAAAUUCCCACUACUAUUUGACUUUUUUAUAUGCUUAAAAUGUUGCUGGAUUUUUUUGUGCUGUCUGCCAAACUUAUACAAUAAAUAAAUGAAGUAUUGUGUUGAUUUCCAAAA